AUGAUCCGGAUUCAGCUUGGCGAUGAGGUUCGCAGCUGGCCCAAUAUCGCCAUUGAUCCCAUUGAGCUGGAGAUUCCACCAACCCGAACCCAGGCCAUUCCCCAGCUCAUUGGCCCAUUGGAUGGUUGGCAAUGUCAAUUAUCACCACAGUCAUGUGUAUAUAUAUGUCAGAGUAUCAAUGCCAUGCGGAACCAUUGGUAUAACCAGCACGGCUGGAGCCGGACUUCCCACCGAGGCCACCCCACGAGAUCCACCAUGCAGACCAUCCAGGAGCAGCAGAAACAGGCGUGUCGACGGGUUCCAUGCCAGCGAAUAUUCCCCCGGAAGACCGGGUCCCAGUAUUUCGCCAUUAUCGAUGAAAAAGAGGACUCCGAUCCUAUUCCCACCACACCUGGAUCCAUGAUUUGGGAACAAGCCAGCCGGCAAUAUGCGGAGUACGAGAAGCAAGCCGCGGAGCAGAUCCAGCACGGCCAUAUUGAUGAGGCCAAUCCGUGGCUCCGUCGGACGGGCUGGGUGCCAUAUCUGCACUCAUUUUCCAGUACCCAGUUAUUGGAAUAUAUCGACAUGCCCGCCAUGGACGACGCUGUGAACCACUCCCCCGUGGCCGAUCUCGACGAACAUGCCAUCCAGGCCAUAUGGACGGCCAUGGGCCAGGUGGGACAGAUCAGCCAGCAGUCCGUCAUCCACACCGGCGUGUUUGUGCGCAUGGAAGCCAUCCGAACCGAACGGCAUCAAACCCGGUAUCAGCCACUGGAGGCAUAUCAGGAUCUGGAGACUAUGACGGAGCGUGUUCGUCCAUGGCAGCAGAUGUUGAUGUUUUUUUGGCGGACGCAGCAAUGUGCAUCCGACGAGAGGCAUCCCCCAUAUCGAUUCACCCAACGACAACGUGCCGCAUGGAAUCGACUGGUGCAGGUUGCUCAUCCCCAGAUCCCACCCCAGAAUCCCAGACGGUCCAUAGUAUUGCAACCCGGUCAGCGGCGCCCAUGGGAACUCAGCCCAUCGCCCAUAUCCAGCGAGUCGUCCCACUCCGAAGACGAAUCAUUCACCGACGAUGAUGAGAUGGAUGAGGAUAUCCACGAGGAUCCCGAGCUAGAUCCCAAGCUGGAUCCCGCUCCACAGAGCGCCAUUCCACCAUUAACCCCCCUCCAGCGGGCGUGUUUAGACUUUUGCAUCGAGCUGUUGAACCAGCGAGUGGUACACCGGGAAUACGACUGUGCAUUGGUGUGUGCCAUGGCGGUGUUGGGCGUUCGCGAUCGAGGUGGAUGGCGGACCCCGGAGGAUUACCCGCCCAUUUUGUCCAAAGUGAUCAAACUGGCCCGGUUCAUGGUGGUCCGGAAAGCCAUGGAACUGGCGGAGAACGAGGACGACGCUGAACCCGCCAGUUCCAUGCAGGAGAACGACUGGGACAGUGCGUACGGAGGAUCCCCAUCCCCCCGUGCCACUCCAUCCAAGAAAGGGUGUUUGCAGUGGGUGACGCAGAUGAUGGACCGGUUCAUGGUGCGUGGAUCCCAGAGCCCAAUGCAGUGGAUGUUGGAUUUACGGACGUAUGGGUUGAAGAUCCAUUACAACACCACCACGGAGGGCCAUGUGACGUGGCAGAAUAGUGAUGAGCUGUUAUAUAAAGAUGUCAAAUUUACAAUGCGGCAGUUCCGUGGCAUGGUCGACCACACGGUACGGGAUGCACGGCGGAUCUUGAUGGAGGAUUUGCUGCAAUGCGCCCCCGAUCAGGAUCCGCGGACCCCAUGGCCCGUCGAUGGCACCGGCUGGCUAUGGCAGCAUAUCCAGGAUCAUCCCCUAUUAUGCCGUCGAUUGAUCCAGGCCGACGGCCACGGCAUUCAGCCCAUCCGCUGGCAGGCAUUCCACCGACGGAUCAGCACGUUUUUGGAGAAGCUGCUGGCGGCGGUCCAAUUCACAUGGGGCCAACCCGCUCGUGCCCCGGAGUUGUUGAGCAUUCGACAUGAGAAUAGCCAUGUCGGUGGGAUCCGGAACAUGUUCAUCGAGGACGGCAUGGUGGUAUUGGUGGCGCGGUAUCAUAAAGGAUAUCAGCUGGUGUUGUCGUUCCAACGGCGCAUUGACGCGUGGAUGCAUCAGCGGGAGGACAUCAAUCCCCAUAUCUGGGCAUCCACCUCGUGGGAACCCGCGUGGACCUCCGAACGGUUCCGGCGGAUUUUGCAACGGGAGAGCACCAUUGGAUUGUCCGGACCGGCAUUGAAUAUUGCAUCGUAUCGGGAGAUUGCCAUCGCGAUCAGCCGCCGAUAUAUGCGAGCGGGACGGGCAUUUGCUCCCCACGAUCCAAAUUCCACGGCGACAGACCACCCGCAUGAAGAUGAGGCCCAGAUCAUGGCCCCGAUCGCGGAUGAGCAGGCUGGACACAGCCCCCACGUGGCGGGAGCUGUAUAUGCGCGGGAAACCACCGAACGAGCUGGCGAAGUGGCCGAUCGACGACAACGAUUCCGGCAAAGCAGCCAGGAAUGGCACCAGUUUUUAGGAUUUGCAUCCGCCAUCCAAUCACUGCGUUCCCGCAUGAUCACCCCAUUCCAGGACACGGCCCAGGCUAGUCAGAUCGAGCGAUGGAGCCAUACCCGAGCCAUGGAUCUCGACGAGUCAUUACAGCAGAUGAUGGGACUAUCCGCCACGUUUCGUGGGACCCAGAAAGCCGUGAUUCAGUCCAUCGUCCAGCGGCAGAGUCCCAUUGUCGCCAUCAUGCCCACGGGCGCGGGGAAGAGUUUAUUGUUCAUGUUGCCCGCAUGGAUGAGCCGUGGAGGCACCACCAUUGUGGUUGUUCCAUUGGUGGCAUUACGUGCCGAUCUCCAACAACGAUGCCAGACCUUGGGCAUCUCCUGUGUGGAAUGGGAUUCGCGACGUCCCGUCGAUGGAGCAUCGAUUAUAUUGGUGACGCCGGAAUCCGCGGUGAGCGAGAGAUUCCAGACCUUUAUUAACCGGAAGCAGUGGACCAAGGAGCUGGACCGCAUUGUGAUCGACGAAUGCCACAUCAUAUUACAGGAAGGAUACCAGUUCCGGAAGCAGAUGGCGCAGCUGGGUGCAUUGGUCCGCGCGGAGACCCAACUCAUGUUAUUAACCGCCACCUUGCCCCGUGAAAGCGAAGCAUUGUUAUGCCAGCGGAUGUAUUUAGAUUCCCCCACGAUCCAGUGGUUCCGCGGCCGGACCAGCCGGACCAACGUGGCAUAUCAAGUGAUCGAGAUUGGCGCCGGUGAGCCAUCUUGUGAUAUAAGCGAGCUGAUGAUUACGUGGAUUCAGCAGCGCGUUCAGCAGCUCCACGAGGGGAAAGUGGUCAUAUAUGCCAAUACGAUUGCCACCGUCCAGCGGAUUGCCCAUCAACUGCAAUGUCCCGCUUAUUACAGCCAGGCGGUGGAUAAAAAGGGGAUGUUAGCAUCAUUCCAGAAGCAGAAUCCCGGGGUGAUCGUGGCCACGAGUGCGUUGGGAAUGGGGAUUGAUAUCCCCGAUAUCCGGCUGGUGAUCCACGUGGGCCGGACGCGGUCCUUGUUGGAUUAUGGACAGGAAAGUGGACGAGCCGGACGCGAUGGGGCCGCCAGCCAGGCGAUCAUGUUAAUCGAUGGCCACGGAGCGGGUUGGGGGGAUCCGCCCACGGUGGAUUCGCGGGUGCAGGAAUACCUUGGCGGUGGUUGUCGACGGCGGGCAUUAGAUAUAUAUUUAGACGGGACGGUGGAUGGAUAUACACGGCAGCAGUGUGAGGACGCUGAGGCGAUAUGUGACCAGUGUCAGAGUAGUAUAGAUCCCAAUCCCGCCAGUCCGAAUGCCAGUCCCAAUGGCUGGCUGAGUGCCCGCGAGAAUAACAGACAGGAAGCCAGUGAUUCGGCCAGUGAUUCGGCCAGUGAUUCGGCCAGUGAUUCGGCCAGUGAUUCGGCCAGUGAUCCAGGCAGAGAUCCAGGCAGAGAUCCAGGCAGAGAUCCAGGCAGAGAUCCAGGCAGAGAUCCAGGCAGAGAUCCAGCCAGUGAUCCAGCCAGUGAUCCAGCCAGUCAUCCAGCCAGUCAUUCAGCCAGUCAUUCAGCCAGUCAUUCAGCCAGUCAUUCAGCCAUCCAUGACAGACCAAACGGCUGCCCAAAUAACCGCCCAAGGACCAGCCAUUUCACCAGUCCCAACAGCCACCAUAUCGCCAUUCCCACACCAUCACCCGGUCCACGCAAACGCGCCAUUUCCCACCAUUCCAUCCCCCCCAUGGCCAAACGUCGGGCCCAUCCCAUAUUCCCGUCGACGGCAUAUUACCAGGGGCCCAUGCAACGACAGACGCAGCACGCGGAGGCGGAUGGACAGGAAAUCGAGUCCAUCCGGGAACCGUUUGACCGGUGGGCCGGGCAAUGUCGAUUAUGCGGGAUGACAGGGCAACCAGCGCACCAUAGGAUUGGCAAUUGUCCCCAUCCACAGGCACAGAUUGCGCAGUCAUGGAUGGACCAGGUGAUCGAACAGGUGGUCCAUCAGCCACGGGGGACUGGACGGCGAGGGUAUGAGGCAUAUGCGGCAUGUUUUGGAUGCCAUUCCCCGCAGUGGAUUUGCCAACAGUGGGAGAGCAACGGGUACGGUGGUUACCAGAAGACGCACGAGCGGUGUCAAUAUCCCCAUGUGGCGAUUCCGAUCAUGGGACAGUUAUUGCAUGGACCGCAGCGGCAUUCCAUCCGUGUAGCAUGGCAACAGCGAAUGCAGGCCCAGUUCCCCGGGGUGGACAUUGACGAUGAGCGAGGGUUGAUUGGACAUUUCCAACGGCGAUUUGGGCGACGUGGUGAGGAGCGCAGCGGAUUGGUGGUAGAGAUGAAUUGGAUGUGUGAAUUUAUCGAGCGGGAAUUCCCCGCGUGA